AGGAGGGUCUAGCCAAUGAGCGGGCUGGACGGGGAGGGGGCGGGGCUGGGCUGGCUGCGGGGCGAAGCGGGGACCGGUCCCGCUCGGCUCCGUUCGGCUCCGUUCGACACCGCUCGGCUCCGUUCGGUUCCGUUCGUCCCCGCUCGGCCCCGCUCGGCCCCGCUCGGCAAUGGCGGGGCGGGCGGCGGUCCCCGCCCGGCCCCUCGGGGACGAUUUCUCCUUCGUGAGCCCGGUGGCCAAGUGAUCUCCAUGGUGAUGGUGGCCGUGGGGGUCUACGCCCGGCUGCUGAAGCACGCAGAGGCGGCCAUGGCGUGCCUGGCGGUGGACCCUGCCAUCCUCCUCAUCAUCGUGGGCGUCCUCACCUUCCUCAUCACCUUCUGCGGCUGCGUCGGCUCCUUGCGGGAGAACAUCUGCCUGCUGCAGGUGUUCUCCGUCUGCCUGACCAUCAUCUUCCUCCUGCAGCUGGCGGCCGGUGUGCUGGGCUUUGUCUUCUCUGAUAAGGCACGCGGGAAGGUCAGUGAGAUCAUCAACGGGGCCAUCGUGCACUACCGGGAUGACCUGGACCUGCAGAACCUCAUCGACUUCGGGCAGAAGGAGUUCAGCUGCUGCGGGGGCGUCUCCUACAAGGACUGGUCACAGAACAUGUACUUCAACUGCACGGCCACCAACCCCAGCCGCGAGCGCUGCGCCGUGCCCUUCUCCUGCUGCCUGCACGACUCCGAGCAGGCUGUCAUCAACACCAUGUGUGGCCACGGGAUGCAGGCCCGGGGCUACCUGGAGGCCAGCGCCUUCAUCCACACCAACGGCUGCAUCGACAAGCUGGUGAACUGGACCCACAGCAACCUCUUCCUGCUGGGGGGCAUCGCCCUGGGGCUGGCCCUGCCCCAGCUGGUGGGCAUCGUCCUGGCGCAGCUCCUCAUCAACCAGAUCCGCGACCAGAUCAAGCUGCAGCUCUACAACCAGCAGCACCGGGCAGACCCCUGGUACUGAGCGGCGCUCCCGGGGCGUUCCCAGAGCCCGGCUCCGCGGGGAGAGCCCGCGGGGCUCCCCUGGAGAACGGGGAAUGCGGAUCCGCAGGGGGAUGCGCGGGGCCCCGCACACUCCGUGCCUUGGGCAGCCGCUGCUGGGCUCGG